ACGGUGCGUUCAUAAAUACUCGCCAUUCCAAUUUGUUUGUCCUACUUCAUCUAAUAAUUGCAACUUUCUUAAAGUAGUUUAAAAUACCAUACUCUGUUGAAAAUACAUUGUUUUCAAAUACAAUCUGCAGAUAUGUUUUCCAUUGGAACGUUUGCAUGGCUGAUGUGUACUGUUUGGGUAUCACUGGGAGCUCUCUUUGUUAGCUACCCAUCACUGACCCCUGCUAUUAUCCUUCACCUGUAUGUAUAUGGUAAAAUCAGAAAGACUGAUAACAUCAAAAAAGGAAACAACAAUUUUUUACUUCCAAAGAGUUAUUUCAGCCACUUUUACUUCUCUGGUAUUAUCUGCAUCACAUCAUCAUUAUUGAUGUGUCUGUAUGUAACAUGCGGUGGUGGACAGUGGCCUGAAUUUGUACACACCAUCAUUGCUGUCAUGAGAUACCCUGUACCUGAGAGUUAUGGGGACAUGUUCUCUAACAUUGUGGUUUUGACCUGUGCAAGUUGCCAGGUAUUGAGAAGGUUUCUCGAGUGUCUAUUUAUCAGUGUUUACUCUCCUGAUAGCAAAAUGAGCUUCGUCAUCUACUUUGUUGGUGUGGCAUUCUAUACAGCUCUUCCUAUUACCUCCCUUUCAGGGACUAAUCUUAAUGAUGCUUUCAAAUGUGAAGAAUUACUUCAGUAUGUUUGUUGGAACCAUAUUGUUGGUGUUGCUCUAUUUAUCUGGGCAUCAUAUCAGCAGAGAAGAGUUGCAAUCCAGUUUGCUCAACUUCGCCAGAACAAAUCAGGGAGAGUUCAUAACACAAAGCAUCACAUUCCGUAUGGAGGAUUAUUUAAAUAUGUGUCAUGUCCACAUUACUUCACAGAAAUACUCAUAUAUCUCUCGAUGAAUAUCAUCUUCUCAUUCAGAAACACUAUGAUGAUCUCAUUGUUCAUAUUUGUUCUAGCAAACCAGGUGAUUUCAGGCUACUUUAGUCAUAAAUGGUACAAAGAGACAUUUAAAACUUAUCCUAAAAAUAGAAAAUCAACCAUUCCUUUUAUAUUUUAAGAAGGUAUUUGUUCAUAAAAACUCACGUCAUGUAAGAUGAGUACAUGUACUUUUAGAGUAUUUAAAAUUUGAU